UAACCUGGAAGUUCUUUGUAGGAUGUAGUGAGGUUUUAGUUUACGUCUCGAAAAAGCGUUAGUGUUUAGUGAUUUUAAUAUUAAUAUUAGAUUUGUGGGUGAUAAUGGGGGAGGCUGAUGGCUCUGUUCGGUUCUACUGCACCGCCGGCGGCGGCAUGGAGACAUUUUUGCUGGAUGAAGUCAAACGCAAACUGGAAGCCACCGAGGUGGAACACAUACCUGGCAGAGUGUUUUUCUGUUGCCGGGCAGCUCUACAAGAAUUGAUGCGGCUGAAAUCCGCUGAGAGGCUGUUCCUGCUCCUCCGCAAAGCUCCGCCCACCUCCCUACCCAAAAACCCAGCAAAAGCUGCGAGUAUGAUACAGCAAAGCAUCGUGGGAAAUCCAGAUGUUUGGAGACAGGCCCUCUCCACCUGGGCUGCGCUCCAGGCGGAGCUUAACGGCUCCCAUGGGCGGGGUCAGAAGAGAAAGAGAGAAGAAGAGGAAGACGAUGUGAAUGGAAUAAAGGAGAGCGUAGAGAGUGAGGACGCUUGUGGUUUGGGUCAGAAUCGUCCCACCUUCAGGGUCAGUUGCCGCUGCAGUGGAGCCAUCGCUCGCUGCUGUAACUCCCAGAACUUGAGUCGCAUCAUUGGGGUGGCCAUCAGCCAACAGCUUGGAUGGAAAGCUGACCUGAGACAGCCGAAUCUUGAGGUGAAUGUGUAUAUGAGUGAUGACCACUGUGUGCUCGGGAUUCCUCUGUUAAGGCAUCCUUUGGCCAGUCGCAGUUAUAUGAAGCACACUGGGCUUAGGUCCACUAUAGCCUGGGCUAUGACAUCGGUGUGUCCCAUAGAGGAGGCCUCUGUGAUUUUAGAUCCUAUGUGUGGAGUUGGCACGAUAUUAUUAGAGGCAGCUCAGGAGUGUCCGAGUGCUGUGUUUAUAGGAAUGGACAGUGAGGAGGCUCAGUUGCAGAAAGCUGCAGAGAAUGUAGAAGCUGCUGGCCAAGUAAACAGAAUGCUGCUAGUCCAGUCAUCCUGCAUGGAUAUCCCAUUACCAACGGGCUCAGUGGACGCAGUCCUGUGUGACGUGCCGUUCGGCAGAAGGUUCAGCUGCAGCACGGACAUGACCUCUGCCCUGCCACGCAUACUGGCCGAGAUGGAGAGGGUUCUCAGUGACGGUGGAUAUCUGGUUCUCCUGUUAAGUCUACAACUUUCAGGCCAGAUUAAGAAACUAGUCAAAUCAAACACACCCAACCCAGAGUCACGCGCAGCCGGCCGUAACACUAAGUCACCUGACCACACACACGGCGUGAGCAAACACAGCUCAGAGCCAGACGAAAACAGAGAGACAGAAAGACUGAAGCUCAGUUCGCUGCUUCUGCAGAACACACACAGAGUGAGCCUCGGCAGCACCGACGCAAUCAUACACACCUACACCAAGACACACACACUUACACACUGAGACGGAAGCACAGCCUUCUGUAUCACCUGUGACCAUAAGCCCAAUAAAAGUGAUGAUACAG